UCAUUAGCUCUGGCCCACUAUUCGAAGCAUCUGUGGUGGCGGCCUCGGAUGUUGGGAUUUUGACUGUUUUGCCAUCCGAGGCGGGACACUAUUGAGCAUGCGGCAAUGGCUUCGAUGUGUCAGCUCUAUAAGACGCUAUGUACAACGGAGGGUGAGCAUAGCCACUGUUGAUGAACGUGCGAAUUUCUGUCGGUACCGCGCUGGUGGCCUGGUACAGAUUGAUGCGCCACCAUUUAUGGGCGCCUCUGAGAGCCGCCGACGGUUCACAUACAAACACUUGUUCGACCCUGCUCACCAUUCGUCGGCUAGGAGUUGCACCUCAACAUGGCAACCGCCGGGAUCCGGCUCGGACAUCCAUUUCGCAACAUACCCAAAUCCCGUCUCUUUCGGCUUUCGAUUCGGACUGCGGAGCUGGCAACCUGAAACGAAGAAUCACUUGCCAACGAACAGCAGAGAGCAGAUGCCACGGCAAGGCACUGGCCAAUCUCUCGGCGGUCUGCCAAUGCUGAGUGCCGCUGGGGACUCACUGUGCCUAUAUCUGAGAUGCUGGGCAAGUGGCCAAGCAUUCAGGGGAGAGGAGCGAUCGAGACAAGAUGGGCGGGCCUUUUUGUACAACAACUCAUUUGCGGCUGGAUCGACGUGGUUCAGCUGUCUACAUAGUCUCCUGAUUUUAUGGCCCCUUUAGUGCUAAUAAUGCCUCCCCACCGCUAAAUAAUCAACGUCGACAUCACCAACAGCCUGCUUGGACGUCAUAUGCAAGAGUUCUUUCGAGCUUAGCUCCCCGCUCCAAGACGCUUUCCU